AUGAGCAACAAUCCAACGCCAAUCGCUAACCCAGAUCCCGUUUCCUCCGAGGACCACCACAUUGGCUCCUCCUCCCAACCGAGUCCACCACCGGCGCUACCACCACCACCACCACCACCCACCUCCACCGAUCAGCAUGUCACGAACCCAUCUUCAAGUAAGCCACGUGGCAGGCCCCUAGGUUCCAAGAACAAGACAAAGUCCACCCCUCCGCCAGUUCCCCUACCAACUGAGCCCUCCGUAGAGCUUCUGGUUGUCACUGUGGAACCAAACAGGGACAUCAUGGAGUGCAUCCUCGACAUUGCUCACCAAGACCACGUGAGCCUCUCCAUUAUUAGUGCCAUCGGAAUGAUCAACAGUGUAACCCUUCGCAACUCAACCCAUGGUGCCCCAUCCCUCGUCCUCCAUGGGCCGUUCAAAUUACUCUCCCUCACUGGCUCCUACUUGUACAAAAACGAAUACACCCUUCACCUCGGAGCCACCCCUCCCCGCCCCUUAUCCUUUGGAAUCAACCUCUCCGCCGGUAACGGUGAAAUCUUUACCGGCGUUGUCGGCGGCAGAGUCGUCGCAGGUGAGGGCGUCAGCUUGACAGUUUCCACCUUCAAGAAUCCUCAUAUUUUGAAGUACGCUGCUGAAAGUGGAGAAGGUGAUGAGAAUAACAGCGACGAUGAUUAG